GCUAGUUUACAAACGAGGAAAUAGGCCGGAAAUGGUAGCAAUACUUCGCGCCAAAUUGAAACAACGGAACAGUCUGGUCAGAGAGUCAAGACAUUCCCACCGUUAUUACAAAGAUAAGUUAACAUGGAGGAGGCGAACAAACUCAUCGGCACGGGCAAGAAGCACCUGGUGAUGGGGAAGGUGGUGGCGGCAGUGGGCGCCCUGCAGGAGGCCUGCGGCAUGCUAGCCCAAAAAUAUGGAGACACAGCAGAUGAGUGUGGAGAGGCAUUUUUCUGGUGUGGUAAAGCCCUGCUGGAUUUGGCACGGAUGGAGAAUUCUGUCCUCGGUAAUGCCCUGGAAGGAGUACCAGAGGAAGAGUAUGAUGACGAGAAACCAAAGGACUCCAACGUUGACAGCAUGGAAAACGUCGAUGAGAACACCAGAGACAAGCUGAGGGCUGAGGUGUACGAUGCCAUGGCGGAGAAGAAAAAAGAAAAUGCGGACAAGGAGAGUGAAGAGAAGAAGGGAGACGUAGAAGAGACUGAUGAGCAACCGGACGCUGCAGAGAAAGAAGAAAAGAGUGGCGACGUUGAAGAAAGCAAGCCCGCUAAAAGUGAGGAAAAAAUGGAGACCGAGAAAGAAUCGGGAGAUAAGGAAGAGGAGGCGGAAGAUGGAGAGGAGGAGGAAGAAGAAAUAGAGGGUGACACAGAAGAGGGAGGUGAAGGAGAUGCUGCUGCAGAGAAGGACAGUGAUGAUGAGGAGGAGGUGGGGAACCUGCAGCUCUCCUGGGAGAUGUUGGAGGUAGCGAAGGUUAUCUACAAGAGGAAAGCGUCGAAAGAGGACCAACUCAUGGCAGCCCAGACUUACUUGAAACUGGGUGAAGUUUCUUCUGAAUCAGGGAAUUACACGCAGGCGUUGGAGGAUUUUCAGGAGUGUCUGAAGCUGCAGAUGAAGCACCUGGACUCAGACAGCCGCCUGCUGGCAGAGACGCACUACCGGCUGGGCCUGACCUACACCCUUAACCUGAUGUACAGCCAGGCCAUCAAGGAGCUCAACAGCUCCAUCUCCGUCAUCAACUGCCGGCUGGACAAACUGAAGCAGCUGCUGGACAAGGCCGAGGGCCCGGAGGCUCUGCCCGAGGAGAGGAAGGAAAUGGAGGAGCUGAAGGCCCUGCUGCCAGAAAUCCAGGAGAAGGUGGAGGACACUGAGGAUCUGAAAAUAACCGGCGAGGCUGCUGAGGGAGCAAAGGACGGAGGCUCCACUUCCUCCACCUUCCCCAGCUCCACUGCGCUGAAUGAGGACUCCUCAAGCGGCUCAAAGAUUAACGGCACCUCUACCAACGGACAUGCCUCCAAAGCUCCAGCCUCAGACAUCUCCCAUCUGGUCAGAAAGAAGAGGAAACCACAGGAGAGUCCAGGGAAGGAGGAGGGCGUCACGAAGAAGGUGAAGCAGAGCGACGAUCAGACCAGCGGAGUUCACAAAGCCAACGGACACACUAACGGACACGUUGACAUCAAGACGUAAGAGUUAUCGUCACCAACCUGGUCCCUGAACAGUGUGUUUGACUUUAUCCAACACGCCGAGCUCUCCUGUUCCGACACUUGCCGCUGUAAAUAUGUGUUGUCUGUUUAUUCACCUAUGUAACCUAUGAUGUUCAAUAAAAACAAUAUUUGAUAGAU